GGCAUUGCCUCACUGGGGAUGUUCUUGCUUUUCCAGCUGAGACAAUGAGCGCAGACAUCACAGAGGACAUUGAUGAUCUGCUCACGUGGAUCAGUGGUGAGUCUGUGGUCUGCAGAGGUGGCGGGUGGGUGUCCGCACCGAGUGGCUGUGGGAAAGCUGGCAUUGCCCCUGUGGGGAUCGUCUUGCUUUUUCCAGAAGUGAUGUCCAACGCAGACAUCCCGGUCGACACCACGGAGGUCGAUGACAUCCUGACGUGGAUCAGCAACGAAGGGACACCCAGCUCGGCCAUUCCAGAUGACAAGAUGGAAAUCAACAGCUUGCUCACCUGGAUCGCUGAAGCGUUGAGUUGUCCGGAGGUCCCCCGGCAGCCACUGCCAGAUGUCCCCAGCAGCCUCGGCACCUCUCCUUUCUCCAGAGGAGCCCCUGACUUUCCCACAGGCAGCAGGGAGCUCAGCAGAGAGGUGCAGGCUGACGCCGGGCCCCUCAGUGAGCCGUUCUCAGCGCAGCCGGUAUCCUCUGGGCAGCUCUCUGAGCCGCUGCUGCGCAGGCAUCUGAUGGAAGAGGCGCGGCAGAGGCAGCCCCGGGUGGUUCUCCCCCGCCUGGCACUGCCGACCCGCAUGGAUGCUCGCGUGCCUCCUUCAGCCCACAGCGCACGGCUGAUAGAAGAGGCGAAGCAGAGGCAGCCCCGGGUGGUUCUCACCCGCCUGGCGCUGCCAUCCGGCUGCAUCUCCUGCCACAUGCCAGGCAACCACCACGAGGAUGGCACCGAGCCGGCCGAGUGCCCGGCGCCUGCCUGCACCACCAGGAAAGGCAGGAACAGAGGGCACGAGCAGCGCGCUGGCAGCGUCCCAGCCAGGAAGAGGAAGCUGCUCCUGGGCCAGGACGCUCCAGGACAGAAACGCCGGCGCUAGGCGAAGCUGGGUGGGCUCAGCCUGAGCGGGAGCCUCCGCAGAAACCGGCCCACGUGGUGCAGCAGGAGGCACGGCCAUAGCCAACAAACAAGGCUACCUGUAGCCCUGGGCUCCUCGCUGGCCCCUGCGGCACACAGAGAGCAGCGGCAGUGCUCCAGGGACACCAGCACCGGCCCCAGCCCUACCCCUCCAAACCUGGGCUUCCACCGAUGUCAUCUUGGGCUGUUACAUUAUGUUACAUUAUACUACA